AUGCGUUCAAUUUUCCUUCUCUUCCUAGCAUUCGCGCUGAUUUCUGUGAUUGUGGCAGACGACGAUGCGCAAGGAGAGCAUGAAAAGCAAAAGAGAGAUGCCAAGGAUCCAAGUAGCCGCGCGCGACGUCAUGACCCGCCACGUCACGAAAGAGACGGCGAUGAGCAUGUAGCUCAACGUGAACGCCGUGACGACAAGGAGACCGGAGCUCAACGUGAACGCCGUGACGGCGAUGAGCAUCUAGCUCAACGUGAACGCCGUGAGGACAAAGAGACCGGAGCUCAACGUGAACGCCGUGACGACAAGGAGACCGGAGCUCAACGUGAACGCCGUGACGACAAGGAGACCGGAGCUCAACGUGAACGCCGUGACGGCGAUGAGCAUGUAGCUCAACGUGAACGCCGUGACGACAAGGAGACCGGAGCUCAACGUGAACGCCGUGACGACAAGGAGACCGGAGCUCAACGUGAACGCCGUGACGGCGAUGAGCAUCUAGCUCAACGUGAACGCCGUGACGGCGAUGAGCAUCUAGCUCAACGUGAACGCCGUGACGGCGAUGAGCCUUUAGCUCAACGUGAACGCCGUGACAGCGGUGAGCCUUUAGCUCAACGUGAACGCCGUGACGGCGGUGAGCCUUUAGCUCAACGUGAACGCCGUGACAGCGGUGAGCCUUUAGCUCAACGUGAACGCCGUGACAGCGGUGAGCCUGUAGCGCAACGUGAACGCCGUGACGGCAAAAAAGAUAAGAGAGAUGGAGAUACCAAA